GCACUCGAAAUGAAGACUACCGUUUCGUCUUGAUGGGACAGAGUAGAUAGUAGAGCUGGUAUCUACUUUCUGUUCUGUCGGUCGAGAAAUUUGCUAAUUUGUUUAAAGUUAGCUAGAGCCGUGAAGCCCGGUGCUUCAAGAAAUGUAAGAACACCCAGAUAUUCUGAAGCGGGCUUUCAGAUCGGAGACUUGAAAUUGAGCCCGUCGUUCAAGUCUAGGUAGCUGGCUAGCGGGAUCAGACAAGAGUGUAGUUUUGGUGUUUUUUUGUUUGUUUUUUUCCACUGUUGUGUUUUAAGAUUUUAUUUUUUAAUAAAUUGGAGAGAGGUAGGUGUCAUUUUAUCACUGGACUCAGACAGACAAUGUACAACACAGUUUGGAAUACGGAGAAAGAAGAUGACGACUGGAGGGAUGUGAUGAUGCCAUAUUCCACAGAAUUGAUAUUUUACAUUGAGAUGGACCAGCCACCAGCCCUUCCUCCCAAGCCGGCCAAACCCAUGACUCCUGUAAACAGCAACGGUGUGAAAGAGGCUGCGAGCAGCUCAUUGCAGGAAGCAGAGUGGUACUGGGGCGACAUAUCGAGGGAAGAAGUGAACGACAAAUUGCGAGACAUGCCAGACGGAACUUUCCUGGUACGCGACGCCUCUACGAAGAUGCAGGGAGACUACACACUAACUCUGAGGAAAGGCGGCAACAAUAAGCUAAUAAAGAUCUACCACCGCGAUGGAAAGUAUGGUUUCUCAGAGCCACUCACCUUCAGCUCAGUGGUGGAGCUCAUCAGUCACUACAGACACGAGUCUCUGGCUCAGUACAACACGAAACUGGACGUCAAGCUCAUGUACCCCGUCUCCCGCUACCAGCAGGAUCAGCUGGUAAAGGAGGACAAUAUUGACGCCGUGGGGAAGAAACUCCAGGAGUAUCACAAUCAGUAUCAGGAGAAGAGCAAAGAGUAUGACAGAUUGUACGAGGAAUACACAAAGACCUCACAGGAGAUCCAGAUGAAACGCACUGCAAUAGAGGCCUUCAAUGAGACCAUCAAGAUCUUCGAAGAGCAGUGUCACACGCAGGAGCGCUACAGCAAGGAGUACAUCGAGCGCUCCCGCAGAGACGGCAAUGACAAAGAGAUCGAAAGGAUCAUGAUGAACUACGAGAAGCUCAAGUGCCGUCUGGGCGAGAUCCACGAGAGCAAGAUCCGCCUAGAGCAGGACCUAAAGACGCAAGCGCUGGACAACAGGGAGACGGACAAGAAGAUGAACAGCUUAAAGCCCGACCUCAUUCAGCUGAGGAAAAUCAGAGACCAGUACCUUGUCUGGCUCAAUCACAAAGGCGUACGUCAGAAACGAAUAAACGACUGGCUGGGUAUCAAAAACGAGAAUGACGAUGAUGCUUACUUUGUGAGCGAGGAGGACGAGAACCUGCCGCACUACGAUGAGAAGAGCUGGUUUGUGGGGGACCUGAAACGCACACAGGCGGAGGACCUGCUCCUGGGCAAGCCAGACGGAGCUUUCCUCAUCCGGGAGAGCAGCAAGAAGGGCUGCUACGCCUGCUCCGUAGUCGUCGACAGCGAGGUGAAGCACUGUGUGAUCUACAGCACGCCACGCGGCUAUGGCUUCGCUGAGCCCUACAACCUGUACAGCACUCUGAAAGACCUCGUCCUGCACUACCACCAGACCUCGCUGGUCCAGCACAAUGACUCCCUCAACGUGCGGCUAGCUUACCCUGUGUAUGCACAGAUGCCCUCGGGGCCGCGGAGAUGAGGCCUCUCCUGCCCAAAACGCACCUACCUACACAGCAACGGAAAACACACCGUCACGAAAAACAAAACAAACAAACAAAAAAAAAACCCAACAACAAACACUUGCUGCAACACACAUGUCAGCCACCUUGGAGUUCUAUAUUUUUACUAGAACAAUUUGGAGGGCAUUCUUUCUAAAGACUGCUUGAUUUGCACAAGGAAGUUUUAAAUGUUUGUGAAUGUGAAAAAAAUACAGACGGAAGCAGAAGAGGCGAGUUUCAGGUGACCCGCACUGCUACCUAAACUCCAGCUGGGACUUUUUACACGCUCCAUUUCAACCUGUUUUGUCCCCCCCGCCCCUACAUCUUGUCAUUCGUGCUCUUUUGAUCCUUUGUUUUGUUUCAUCCUUAUUUACUAAAUGCAAGGCAGGAAAAAUAUGUAUUUUCUCUCUCUCUGUCUGUUAGUGUGUGUGUGUGUGUGUGUGUGUGCACGCAGAUGUACGUAUGUGUUUGAGUGUGUGUAUGUAUGUUGAAAAAGCAAAAACUAUGUAGCAAAUGGACGCCUGACACUUUCCAGAGUGUUUCUCACAGUGACUGCUGCUGAUCAAGGGAUCGUGGGAUGGUACAGGA